AUGCGUUUCUCUCUCGUCUCUAUAAUCAGUGCUCUGGCUGUUACAGCCUUAGCCCUCCCAGAUCCUUCCAAAGAACCCAAGAAAUACGUCUCAAAGAACGCCAAGCAGCCCGAGGAGCUCAAGAAGUUCAAAUACGGCGAACCCGUCACCAUCUCUCUUGCAGACGGAAAGCCCGUCCCCCCGGAAGCUGCCGCUGCCAUAAAAAAGCGCGACGGAAACUGGCUCAACUGCCGAGCCUACCAAGUCGGCUGGCACAUCCAAAAUUUCCAUUACUACAUCGAUACAUGGGGAAACUGGGAUGACGAUUGGGGUACUAGAUAUCUCGCCCAAUUGCGAGGCCACUGUCGUCCUGCGAACAUUGAAUCAUGGACCUUUUGGUAUGAUGGCAACUGGUAUUUGAAUGGUGGACAUGCGGAUUUUUUCCUGCCUAGUUAUAAUGUUCAGUGUGUGUUGGAUGCCGCCUGGGAGGCUAGCAACCCUUUUGGGGCGAUAUGGGGGGCGACUUGUGACGUCUACUAUGUUGUGUAG